GCUGCUUUGCGACAGAUUACUGACAAAGCUCGAGAAUUUGGAGCUGGCCCAUUGUUCAAUCAAAUUUUGCCCCUUCUGAUGUCUCCAACCCUUGAAGAUCAAGAACGCCACUUGCUUGUGAAAGUUAUUGACAGAAUCUUAUAUAAGUUGGAUGACUUAGUCCGGCCAUAUGUGCACAAGAUUCUUGUGGUCAUUGAACCUUUGCUGAUUGAUGAAGAUUAUUAUGCUAGAGUGGAAGGCAGAGAAAUCAUUUCCAACUUGGCUAAGGCAGCUGGGCUGGCAACAAUGAUCUCUACCAUGCGACCUGAUAUUGAUAACAUGGAUGAAUAUGUUCGUAACACAACAGCUCGAGCUUUUGCUGUUGUUGCUUCUGCCCUAGGAAUUCCAUCCUUGUUACCAUUUUUAAAAGCUGUGUGCAAAAGCAAGAAGUCUUGGCAAGCCAGACACACUGGCAUCAAGAUUGUGCAGCAAAUUGCUAUUCUUAUGGGUUGUGCAAUUUUACCCCAUCUCAGGAGUUUGGUUGAAAUUAUUGAACAUGGCUUGGUUGAUGAGCAACAGAAAGUACGCACCAUUAGUGCUUUAGCCAUUGCUGCUUUAGCUGAAGCAGCAACCCCAUAUGGUAUUGAAUCAUUCGACUCUGUUCUAAAGCCCCUCUGGAAAGGCAUACGUCAACACAGAGGAAAGGGUCUGGCUGCUUUCUUGAAAGCCAUAGGAUAUCUUAUUCCACUUAUGGAUGCAGAGUAUGCCAACUACUAUACCAGAGAAGUAAUGCUCAUUCUUAUCAGAGAGUUUCAGUCUCCUGAUGAAGAAAUGAAGAAGAUUGUGUUGAAGGUGGUAAAGCAGUGUUGUGGCACAGAUGGUGUUGAAGCAAACUACAUUAAAACUGAAAUUUUGCCUCCAUUUUUCAAGCAUUUCUGGCAGCAUAGAAUGGCAUUGGAUAGAAGAAAUUAUAGACAGUUGGUUGACACAACCGUGGAGCUUGCAAACAAAGUUGGAGCUGCAGAAAUUAUUUCCAGGAUUGUGGACGAUCUGAAAGAUGAAGCUGAGCAAUACAGGAAAAUGGUUAUGGAAACCAUUGAAAAGAUCAUGGGGAAUCUGGGUGCAGCUGACAUUGACCACAAGUUGGAAGAACAACUUAUUGAUGGCAUUCUAUAUGCCUUCCAAGAACAGACCACAGAGGACUCGGUGAUGUUGAAUGGCUUUGGUACAGUGGUAAAUGCUCUUGGCAAGCGAGUGAAACCAUACUUGCCCCAGAUCUGUGGUACGGUGUUGUGGCGUUUGAACAACAAAUCAGCCAAAGUGAGACAGCAAGCUGCCGACCUGAUAUCUCGUACUGCAGUUGUCAUGAAAACCUGUCAAGAGGAAAAAUUGAUGGGUCACUUGGGUGUGGUAUUGUAUGAGUAUUUGGGUGAAGAAUACCCUGAAGUACUGGGCAGUAUCCUAGGAGCUCUUAAAGCCAUUGUGAACGUCAUUGGUAUGCACAAAAUGACUCCUCCAAUUAAAGAUCUGCUCCCAAGACUCACACCUAUCUUGAAGAACAGGCAUGAAAAAGUACAAGAGAAUUGUAUUGACUUGGUUGGACGUAUUGCAGACAGAGGGGCAGAAUAUGUUUCUGCAAGGGAAUGGAUGAGGAUUUGCUUUGAAUUGCUUGAAUUGUUAAAAGCACAUAAGAAAGCUAUCAGAAGAGCUACUGUGAAUACAUUUGGUUAUAUUGCAAAAGCUAUUGGGCCCCAUGAUGUGCUUGCAACCCUGCUAAAUAAUUUGAAAGUACAAGAAAGACAAAACAGAGUGUGUACAACAGUGGCAAUUGCUAUUGUGGCUGAAACGUGUUCCCCUUUUACAGUACUUCCUGCACUUAUGAAUGAAUACAGAGUUCCAGAGUUGAAUGUUCAGAAUGGUGUAUUAAAAUCUCUUUCUUUCCUAUUUGAAUAUAUUGGAGAAAUGGGAAAAGACUACAUUUACGCUGUUACCCCCUUACUUGAAGAUGCUUUAAUGGACAGGGAUCUGGUGCACAGGCAAACAGCUAGUGCAGUAGUGCAGCAUAUGUCGCUUGGAGUAUAUGGUUUUGGCUGUGAGGACUCUCUGAAUCACUUGCUAAAUUAUGUGUGGCCCAACGUGUUUGAGACAUCUCCUCAUGUCAUCCAAGCAGUUAUGGGAGCAUUGGAGGGCCUAAGGGUAGCUAUUGGACCUUGCCGGAUGUUGCAGUAUUGUUUACAGGGUUUGUUUCACCCUGCCAGAAAAGUCAGAGAUGUGUAUUGGAAGAUUUAUAAUUCCAUCUAUAUUGGUUCACAGGAUGCUUUAAUAGCACAUUAUCCACGAAUCUACAAUGAUGAAAAGAAUACCUACAUUCGUUACGAACUUGAUUAUGUCUUGUAAUUUUAUUUCUCAUUUGUUUUGUGUUCAAUAGACAGCUAUUCCAUAUUUGGUUCAGAACUGGUGAUGUACAAUUUUUAAGACACUGCAGAGUACCGUAGAAUGGUCAGAGGCAGAGCUUAGAAAUCAAUAGCAUGAUUUUUAAAUAACAUGUCUUUGUUUUGGUGUUAAAGCCAGUAGUGACCAAGAACACAAUGAUUGCUGAGAAUAUGGGAGAGGGGAAAUCACCUUGAUGAGGAUUUAAGAAUCUGUUCCUUGUGUUGAAAGGGGCUGUUUGAGAAAUAAACAUUUGUGUAUAAAAUAUUAAUGGUUAUUUGUGUGUGAGCAUUUUUGGGCAGGGAGACAUAUAAUAAGUCUCAGAUCAUCAAGCAAUUUAUGUAAAAAGGUGGCAUAUUACAUUUUAAUUGUCUUUGUCAUACCCUAGCUUUUGAAUAAAUAAGAAACGUUCACAUUUUGA